AACUUACAGAUGCAGAUGGACUCAAAGACAGCUUCUUUACUGAAAUAUCUUGAUCUAAUAUUGUCAAGAAAAAAAUGCUGCCAUAGAUGUGGUGUGAACAACAAUGGUUUACCAGCUGGGGGUUUUUACCCCUUUCAGUGUGAUGUGGAACUUUCCUGCCAUGCAGAUGUGGGAGCUGUUUUCUACUGUCCCUCAAAACUGCUUCAACUCCUGGUCCAGUGUGUGCAACCCACAAGUAGCUUCUGUGCUACCACCAUCCCAGUGGGAUAUUCUGUAGUUGCACUUAAUCAUGUAAUCGACUUUAAAGAAAAGAAGCAGGAAAUCAUCAAGCCAGUAUCCCCUUCAGAGUUGUUUCCAUCUUUACCUAUUGUACAAGGGACAUCUAAAAGAAUUAAAGUCUUGACCCGGCUAACACUUGUUGUUUCUGAUCCUUCCCACUGUAAUCUCUUGAGAUCAACAUCUGCAAACAUAAGGUUAUAUGACAUCAUAGCAGUAUUUCCAAAAACUGAGAAGCUGUUCCAUAUUGCUUGCACAACACUAGAUGUGGAUCUGGUCUGCAUAAAUGUAACAGAAAAGCUGCCAUUCUACUUCCGAAGGCCCCCUGUGAAUAUGGCAAUAGAUCGAGGCAUUUACUUUGAACUUCUUUACACACCUGCCAUCAAAGACUCCACUAUGAGAAGAUACACAAUUUCAAAUGCCAUCAGCCUGAUGCAGAUCUGCAAAGGAAAGAACAUAGUUAUAUCUAGUGCAGCUGAAAGGCCUCUAGAGCUCCGAGGUCCUUAUGAUGUGGCUAAUCUAGGUUUGCUGUUUGGCCUGUCAGAAGGUGAAGCAAAGGCAGCUGUGUCCACCAACUGUAGAGCCACCAUGCUGCAUGGAGAAACUCGAAAGAGUGCCUGUGGCGUGGUGUACACGGUGAAGAAGCCUCGCAAGGUUGAGGAGGAGGAAACAGCAGUGCCAGCCUGCAAAAAAGCUAAGACUCAAGCUUGAGGACUGAACAAGUUGUCAACAGAAGCCUCCAUCUCAUCUUUAGCCAGUGUUGAGUCUUCCUCCAACCAACCUUAUUUUUCCCUUACUACCUUGCUCAGCCCGCAGAAGAGUUAUUCUUCCAGCAUUCAAGUGAGGAAAACUGUGUGAAUGAGACUGCUGAAUAGUGUUCACCACAUCUGAAAGGUCAUGCUGGGCUUCUGGCCAAGGGCAGGAGACUGACUCUUCACCCUCCCUUAAGUGUCCUGGAGUUAAUGCAAACUCAACAGAACAUUUCUAACGUGGAAGUUUUUACUUGUACACAUGCAUUCCUUUUUUAUUAAAAAACAUGUCUAAGAAUACAUGCCUUCAUAGUCUAGCUCUUCUGGUUUCUCAAGUUUUGAACACAUCUCUGUACAGCUGCAAGCCUGUAGAUGAAGUUUACCUUCAAGUGGCCUGUGAAGAAACUUUUCAAUCAGCUCCUGAAGCACUGUGUCUAAUAAAGUUUCUUCUCCCCCA